GAAGAGGAGCUCAAAGAUGGACAGCAUCCUUCUGUCCGUGUGCAUCUUUUCAGCUCUGUUUCCCGUUUCUUCAUCAGCUCAACGUAAAUACAUCUACAUCGAUGAGGCAAAGAAUUGGAUUGACGCUCGGAGUUAUUGUCAGGAAAAGUUCACAGACCUGGCAACCAUAGAGAAUAAGGAGGACAUGGAGGAGCUGAAGGACCUGGCAACAUCUCUGGGCAGAAGAGAUACGGCGUGGAUUGGAUUGUUCUUUAACAUCUGGAGUUGGUCAAUGUCAGACUCGGCCUUCUACCAACAGGAUAAGGACUUCUCAAACUGGGCGUCCGAUCAGCCAGACAAUUAUAACGGGGCAGAGAACUGUGCAGAGAUGCACUCUAAUGGAUACUGGAAUGACGGAUCUUGUUCGGCUAACAUAGAUUCAAUCUGCUCUAAUGUCAGCGGGCCAGAUCUGAAGUUUGUGUACAUCACCACCAGGAUGAGCUGGACUGAAGCUCAGAGCUACUGCAGGAAACGUCACACAGACCUGGCCAGUGUGAGGAACAUGGCAGAGAACCGGCAGAUAAUGGAGCUCAUACCAACACCAAACACCUGGAUCGGUCUUUACAGAGAGUGGAAAUGGGUGGAUGGGAGCCACUUCUCAUUUACAUACUGGGAUACAGAAAACAAUCAACCCAAUAACAAUGGGAAAAAUGAGGAUUGUGCAGCAACUUACCUUUACUUCUCUGGGAAAUGGCACGACUGGAAUUGUGAUGCAAAGCUGCCGUUCAUCUGUUCCAGAGCCAACUCCUCCACUCAGUACAUCUUCAUUGAUGAGACAAAAAACUGGACUGAAGCUCAGAGUUACUGCAGGGAGCAUUACUCAGACCUGGCGCUCAUCAAGAACAUGGAGGACAUGAACACCCUGAUCAAUGUGGCAAAGUCCCUGGGAGAAACAUCUCAGUCACACUGGAUUGGACUGUAUGAUGAUGUGAACAGCUGGAAGUGGUCGAUGUCAGACUCAGAUUUCUACCAACAAGAUGAGAAGGAGUUCAGAAUCUGGGCUUCUGGACAGCCAAACAACCUGAAUGGAUGCCAGUACUGCACAGAGAUGGCUUCUGGUGGAAGCUGGAAUGAUCAGUCUUGUUCUGUUGAGCAAGAUUUCAUCUGCUCUGAUGUCAACGGAGCAAAUGUGAGGUUUGUCUACAUUAAGAUCAGGAUGAGCUGGACUGAAGCUCAGAGCUACUGCAGAAAACAUCACACAGACCUGGCCAGUGUGAGGAACAUGGCAGAGAACCGGCAGGUAAUGAAUGUGAAGCCUGUGCCAACCUCCACGGCCUGGAUCGGUCUUUACAGAGCUGCCUGGAAGUGGGUGGAUGGGAGCAACUCCUCAUUUAGGAACUGGAAUGAAGAACCAAGACUGGCGAAGGAAGAUAAAUGUGCAGCAGCAAACUUUGGGAAUCUGGGAAAAUGGGAAGACAGGAACUGUGAUGAAAAGAAGCCAUUCUUUUGCUACGGAGCCUUUGACGACCAGUGGCAGCAUUAG